CGCAUAAUACCUUGGUACCUACCCAGUACCUUGCUCACAGUCAACGAUACCAGAACCGAGCGUCUCUCUCUUCUACACUUCGAAACGACUCUCUCUACGACUUUUCUUGCAACGUCAUCCUGCUUUUUGUCUUGUUCAACACCUCGAAACGACGCGCGCAUAGAGCAUCCCUCUCCGACUAGGCUGUUGGUUCGUGCCUUGCAUUAUCGCUACUACAUAUACUGUACCUACCCUGAUAAGGACCGCGCGCGCGACCCCCCCGCGCCGUAUCAGUCCUGCCCCUCUAUCGUCCGCCCCAGCGGCGCUCCUGUUCAAGAGUCCGCCGGCCUCGCAACCUCGGGGGCUCCAAGCUCCCGUCCUCCUUCCUUGUUACUCGUCUUUCACAGGACGCUCCUCCGGGAACUGACGAGGACGCGGACGAGGACUUUUGUUGGAAAAACAGGCCCGCGCUCUGCCGGCGACUACGAGAAGCAGGAGCAGGAAACGGCCCUUUGACUCUGCGAAGCAUCGAGGCGAAUGCCUAGCAAGAAGGACAAGAAGCAUGCCAAAGAGAACGGCGGAAUCGCCGCCGCGGUGACCAAGCAGGCCGCUGGCAAGUCCCUGUGAGUGCCCGCCCUCUUUACCUUUCCUUUCUUUACCUUGCCUCUUGGCCUGCCAUGGUCACCAGCCUGGUAUACUGCCUUCAUCGUCGCCGCGUGACUCCCCGUCAGCCUGCCCUACCCACCCACUGACUCCCAUGUUCAUCAACAGCACCGGUCACGGCGCCAGCAACGUCAGCAGCAGCAACAGCAGCAGCAACAAUAACAACAACAACUCCCACGCGAGCCGUCCUGCCUCCGACGUCUCGUCGCCGCCUGCCGUCACCCCCGAAAUCAAACCCACGCUCCACGACCAUGACAAGAACGUCGCGUCGCCCCUGCUGGAGGCUCUGUCAACAACUUCCGUCUCUGCGAGCACCGCCCCGAGCAUGGCCAACGAAUGGGCCCGGGGAGCCGUCAUGGCCGGUUCCCCUGGCAAUCUCAUCAACCUGAACAGUGAAUCGCCGCCCACGCAGCCCUCGUCCUACGAGGACUCGGGCCGCCUGCACCAUGCCUGGCCCGCCGCCCACCGGCCCUUCAUGAGCCCCUCUCCGGCGUCGCCGUCGCCUCCCCAUGGCAGCCGUCGCCCGCUGAGCUUCCAGAUGGACGCCCAGUACCACCUUCCCGGCACUUCACCUCGUGGCGUGUCAACCGUCCCCUAUCGCAGGAGCUCCCUCCACUCUCCCUAUCCAAACUCGCGGGCGAGCCCGCAUCCGCCUCUCCCGCAUCAGCCUCAACCGCACUUUUACGGCGCGCACGACCUCGACCUGACCAUCACACCGCAGUCCGGCGGCAUGAAGCCUGGCGAACACGGCUUCUUCUUCGGCUUCGAUCGCCUGCCCUCCCCCGACGGCUCCACCGCCUCGGACCAGGUCGUACUAGCAGGCUAUGAGGGCGGCCUGCAGGUCUAUGCCGUCGGCAAGAGGGGUAUAGACCUAGUGGCCAACCUAAAGGGUCUUCGGGGCGGCGUCCACCACGCCAAGAUUCUCCCGUGGACCAUUGGCGGCGACGCUCGCUUGUUUCCCCUUGUUGCCGUCGUCGUGCAUGGACCCGUGCUACCACCGCGAUCUGCAGAUGGACCGCCCAAAGGGGAUUCCGCAUCUCGUGUGACGCCAGACGAUACCGCGAGCCCGCGGCCUGGGUAUGCUCCCCUGGAGGGUAUCCAGGGCCGGCCAGGCCCGGCAGUCAUGUCGUACCAGACGGCAGUUGAGGUGUACUCCCUCAAGACAAACAAGCUCGUCGACGUCCUCCUGCAGGCGCAAAAGGUACCAAUCAACACCGAGGUAUCGCUCUCCAGCCCGCUCUUCCAACCACCGCCACCGACUGGUGCUCUCACGAUCAAGGCCGACUCCGGAACCAUUGCAGUCUGCUCAGGCACGACGGGAGAGUGCUGGAUUUAUCGCCAGCUGCUUGAACCCCAAAACUCACACGUCUUCGCCUGCUCUGGCAAGAUAUGGACGACGAUUCAGCAGGCCAGGGCUAGCGACGUGGCCGAGGAGAGCGACAAGCCCUACCCAUCGGUCGCACCGCAUCGUCCCAGUCCCCAGACUCCAAUCUUGGCCCUCAACGGCCAUUGGAUUGCAUACUGCCCGGCAGCACCCUCGUCUCAAAUCUCGCUUCGAGCACAUCUUCCAGUGCCCAUCCUGGGACGAGCGCCGGGGGUCUCCUCCCUAACACCCCCUCACCUGCCCACGGUCACUUCAUCCGUGGAUCUGCCAAUCUCGGAUAGCAUGGUUAACAAGAUCAUGCGGGAGACGACUCAGGAGCUGAUUCAAGGUGCCAAGUGGGUUGGCCAGCAGGGCCUGCAAGCCUGGAACUCGUACUGGAACAAGCCAUCGAGCCCACAAUCACAGCCACAGCAGGCGAGGUCUCCGCCACCGCAAUGGGUGGGCUCGCGCUCUCCCCAGACAGACGCGGCGCAGUUUCCGCCGACGCAUGGCACGUCCUCACCAGCUACCGUCAAAGAACCUGGCAUUGUCGCGAUAGUAGAUACGGAGGCAAUCGCGAGCUCGGCCACAAUGCACCCCUUGACGACGUUUGCGACCCCGCUGGGUUGCAGCUUCUUGUCGUUUUCGCCGUCCUCGCUGGCUCUGUUCACCGCCAGCACGAAAGGCGACGUUCAGACAGUCUGGGACUUGCUGCGCAUCCAGCACACCCAUUCGUCGCCGCUGCAGACGACCCUUGCUCAGAACGACUGCAGUGGUCCUCUGGUCCGCCAAGUAGCGCAGUUCUCGCGCAUGACCGUCGCCCGCAUCGUCGACGUUGUCUGGACCGCCCCUCAAGGAGAGAGACUGGCCAUGGUCACGGAGAGAGGCACCAUUCACCUGCUGGACAUGCCCUUCAGUUCAUUCAUGUGGCCGCCGCCUCGUCGGCGCAAGGUGACCGCGAAGAGCGCGACAGAGCAAUCGGAGGCGUCUGGUUCCGCUGUCUCCAUGGCAUCGGGUGCCUUUGGGGCCGCCUACCAGGCUGCGAUGCCAUUCGUGACGCGCUCACGCCGGAGCAGUGGCAACGUGCCCGCUACACCGGCCAACACCUUGAGGGACUCGGCAGCCCAGGGCGGCAGGGCCAUCGCAGCGACCAUCAGCCACUCUCUCGGCAAGACGGGAACCGCUAUCAGCCAACUCCGGCACACGGGGGAGAACCGAGUCGCACUCCCGACGAGCGCGGUUCUGCCGUCUAGCGCGUGCGUCGCGUGGCUCAGGGGUCGCAGGUCUCAGGUCCUUGUGUCUGUCGGUGGCGGCCUAGUGCGCUUGUUCCCGUGCAAGGCGCGCAGACCCUCGACUAUGGCAGGGAAGCGCAUCGCCCGUGCCAACAAGUACAAAGACUUCAGAGUGCCGCUGCUUCCAGACGAUGUGGUUGCCCCGAUUGUGAGGCAGGUCCUCGAGUUGGGCGCCGUGGAUGAGUAUCUUGAACUGUCCGACGCCGAGAUGGAAGCGGGCAACACAAUGACACUCAGGGCCCACCAUGCGCAGGCAAACCUCCCGGUUCACGGAGUGGAUGUCACGAUUCCACAGGCAGAGAUUGAGUCGAGCGCGCCGUACCAGCCAUUCCACACGGACCGUCGUGUUGCACUCUGUGAGUACGCCCGCGAAGGCAGUGCUCAGCUGGAGUCCGCCUCGGUCCUUCUCACAAACACCGCCCUCGACGAGCAAUCCAACACAAAAAAGAAGAAAAAGCGCCAGCCCGCAGCAGAGUCGCAACUCAGCGAGCCCUUGGCAACGGGGGCAUGGGCGUUUGGGCAAGACAUCGUGACGGUGAGGAAGGAAAUGGGCCUCCAGGCUGGCGCCAACGACGACGUUGGCUCCGAUGAUCAUCUCGCCCUCCCGCAGUCUGCUAUGGAACGGGUCAUGCAGUACGGCGAUGAGGAGCAUAUAGUGGUGACGACUAGAAGACGUCGCGGCCCGCGUGCGGGAGACGCAGACGAGGAUGGCUUCUUCGAGGAUGACUGUGAGGUGCUGGACUUUGCCGACCAGAGAGUCUAAGCCCCGGAGCCAGCAAUGACGGUCUCGAGGAAGAGACCGCACCGGCGCCGGACGUGCAUGGGAUGAGCUUUGGCUGGAUGGUGCGGGUCUGGAGUGGCAGCGGCUGCCCUUGCUGGCCACGGUGCCGGCAAGGACGGUUUGGUGGCUCAAGCAGGGAUUGCCUUUCAGGUGACUGCUCUUUGGGUUCUGCGUCUCCCCCCUCAUCGUGGACUUCAUGUGCUCUGUUGCAUGCAUGGGCUUCAUUGUUACACUCGUUAAUGUCUGGAUAGCUUUGUUUGGUACAAUCGCACUCAAUAGCGUCUCCUCAAUAGGUAGAAACAC